AAGCCACAAAAUCUUAAAAACAUAGAGGGAAGUGAAGGAAUGGAUCUGCUAUCCAGCAUACAGUGGACAGACGUCUGGAGUGCUUUGAUUUUUCUGUGUGUUUUUCUGCUGUUGGUAAAUACCAGGAAGCACAAAGUGCCGGCUAACUUUCCUCCUGGACCGCGGUCACUGCUUCUGAUAGGUGACAUUUUUCGCAUCGAGCCUGCUAGACUUCACCUGCAGUUUGAGGAAUUUUCACAGAAAUACGGGAAAAUAUUCAGCAUCAACGUCUUCGGCAGUAGAGUCGUGGUCAUCAAUGGCUACAAACACGUCAGGGAAGCCCUGGUCCAAAACGGGGAGGACUACGUAGAUCGUCCCAUCAUACCGAUGAUCAACGAUUUAACGGCCUACAAAGGGAUCGUUCAGUCCAGUGGUUUACCAUGGAAGCAGCAGAGGAGAUUCGCUCUUCAGACUCUGAAGAACCUCGGUCUGGGCAAGAAGACCCUGGAGCGCUCCAUCCAGCAGGAGUGUCAGUAUCUCACUGAGGCGUUUGCAGCUGAGCACGGAAAGCCCUUGAACCCCCAGUCACUCAUAAACUAUGCUGUUUCUAACAUCAUCUGCUGCCUGGUUUUUGGUAACCGCUUCGAGUACACUGACAAGCAGUACCAGUCCAUUCUCCAAGACUUUAAUGAAUUAAUACUCCUGUUCGGGUCAGUGUGGGUGCAGGUUUACAACACCUUCCCCUGGCUGGUGAAGAGACUACCUGGACCUCACCAGAGGAUUUUCUCUUUGGAGUACAAACUCAGGGAUUAUAUCACAAGCAGGGUCAAAGAGCAUAAAGAAAACCUUGACCCCUCGUCCCCGAGAGACUACAUCGACUAUUUCCUCAUAGAAAUGGGAGAAAAAGAAGACCCGGAUUCUGGAUUAGAAAUGGAGAAUUUGUACUCGUGUGCUCUGGACCUGUUCUUUGCUGGAACUGAAACGACAUCGACCACGUUACUGUGGGGACUGCUUUUCAUGGUCAAAAACCCUCACAUACAAGAGAAAGUCCAGGCUGAGAUCGACGCCGUGAUUGGUCAGUCCAGACAGCCCGCAAUAAAAGACAGAGAGAACAUGCCCUACACUGAUGCAGUCAUUCAUGAGAUCCAGAGGAUGGGAGACAUCUUGCCCUUGAACGUAGCCCACAUGACAGUCAGGGACACCACGCUCGACAAAUACACAAUUCCAAAAGGCACCUUCAUAAUUCCAACACUGCACUCUGUCUUAUACGAUGAGUCUAUGUGGGAAACCCCUCAUUCCUUCAACCCUGAACACUUCCUGAACCUGGAUGGUUCACUGAGGAAGAGGGAGGCCUUUCUCCCCUUUUCAGCGGGCAAACGUGUAUGUCCUGGUGAGCAGCUGGCCAGGAUGGAGUUGUUCCUCUUCUUCACCUCUCUCCUUCAGAGGUUCUCCUUCUCAGCACCUGCUGGAGAACAGCCCACGCUGGAGUUUACGUUGGGAGGAACUCAUUCCCCAAAACCUUAUCGCCUUCAAGCUGCAGAGAGAUAAGGGUCUGAGGACUACAGUACGUUAGUGUUUACACAUCGGAAAAUGUAUACAUCGAUUACUGGUGCAGCAUAGAAUGAUUAUAUUAAAUAAAGUAUUUUAAAUCGCAAUUGCAUUGUAUCAAUAGCCAUAGCUGAAAAUAGCUGAAAAAAUCUAUUUUUCUAAAAUUCAUAUCAAAUUCAGUAAAGAAGUGAAUCAACAUGUUAUAAACACAAACAGUUUAUUUUUUUAACUGUAUUUUUUUUUAUUUGUCUGCUAUGUUUACAGACCGGUGCGCAGUUCACAGCUAUUAUUUUCAAUCCUGUCAUCCAAUGAAUUUAUUUUUACGUUUUCUUGUCUGUAAUUAUUUAUAAUAAUUAUAUAAGAUAUAUAAUAAUUAUAACAUAAUUAAUAUGUGAAAACUGAGGCCUACGUAUCGCACAUCUUGAUGUUGCUGUGCUGAAUGUAAAAAGAUCUCUUGAACGUUUUAUCUUCACAGCUACAUAUUCACUUAAAGUCUCAAUAAAAAUAUUCUUAUAAGA